UCAGAGCGAGAGCCUGCGAAGAGAGCGAAGCUGAGGGAGACAGAGAGGUUUCGGUUUUGGCUGGUUUAUUCAAAGUCUCUCCCUUUCGCGUUCUGUCUCUGUUGCCUCCUCGUUUCUUAGGGUUUUCGAGACGAAGCCAAGAAGGGAAGAUAGAAAGGAUUGAAUGCAAUUGCUCGGGGAAUCGGCGGGGAUGGUUUCUGAUUCAGUCUCAAGCGCUUCGUCCCUUCCUUCGGUCCCCAUUUCCAAGGAUGUCGGCAAGAAGAAGAGGGCCAACAGGUCGGCUAAGUUGAAGCAAUGCAAGCUCGACGCCCGGCGGGAGCAGUGGCUUUCUCAGGUGAAGAAAAAAGAAGGAAAGGAGGCUUGGGACGGCUGUCAUGGGCAGCGAAAUGAGAGUUAUUGCUCGAUGGGCAAUGCGGACAUAACGAGGAUGGCAGAUGAGGAGCAUUGCAGACCAUUCAACCGAGAGAGAGAUUCGGAGUUUCGGGCGAACAGCCCUGUCGGUUUCAACGGUGCACUGGGCAAACAUGAAUCCCGGUCCAACUAUGGCGGGAGCAGCUGCAGCAGCAGCAGCAGCGCCGGUUGCUGUUCAGGGAGUAUUACAGAGGAGGAGGAUGGGGAUGAUGAGUGCUUGGAUGAUUGGGAAGCAGUGGCUGAUGCCUUGGCUGCCAAUGAAAACUGCAAGACUCCGCCCUUUGACCCAUCUCCGGAAGAGGUACCUAUUUGGAGAUCACAGUCUUGUGGUGUGAUCGCAAAUGAGUCUGAAAGAUCAACAUGCGAUAGUUUGACAACGGGUUCAAAGUUUGCUCUGGUGAAUUCCAGAGCAUGGAGACCCGACGAUGCUUUGCGGCCGCAGAGUCUGCCUAAUUUGCCGAAGCAACACUGUUGUUCCAAUCCAAAGUGGCGUCAUGGCGAUGGAGGAGUCCCCUGGUUUUGCUCGGGUGUCUUGACGGUGCCUACUUCUUGUCCCAUUUGCUGUGAAGAUUUGGACUUAACAGACUCUAGCUUCCUGCCUUGUUUUUGCGGGUUCCGUCUAUGUCUGUUCUGCCAUAAGAGGAUUCUCGAGGCGGAUUGCCGCUGCCCGGGUUGCAGAAGGCUAUACGAGCAGGAUCCUGCAAAAGCAGAGGGGAGUUUGCAAGGUGGCCUCCGAACUACCAGUUGACUCAUUUUGACAACAGCGCCAAGCGAAUUUGGUCUGUCCUUCUCUGAUGUCUGUUCAGCCUUUAACUAGGUUUAAGGUCUGAUUUUCAUGGACACACAUGUGGUUUUCGAGUGUCUGAGUUGAGUUGCUUCUCUCGAGAGUGAGUUUAAGGUUAUUCUUACCUGUAAGAAGCAUGUCCUGUUGCAGAGGACUCGUUUUGCUAUGUGAAUACGCGAGGUGAUACAGAAAUUUUCAAGAAGCAUCAAUGGGGUUCUUUCUUUUCA